AUGGCGCCAGCAGCGAAACGGAACAACAGCUCCCUCCCUUCGGGCUACGUCGAGGACAAGUCCAAGGGCCCGAUGUUGAGAUUCCAGGACUCCCUGCCUCGCCUGCCCGUACCCACGCUGGAGGAGACAGCAGCCCGCUACGUCAAGACCCUGCACCCUCUUCUCUCCGAAUCCGAGUUUGCCGCCAGCAAAAAGGCCGUCGAGGACUUUGUUAAACCUGGCGGUGUUGGCAGAAAACUACAAGAGAAAUUGGUCGCACGCAGAGAAGACCCAGCCCACCGAAACUGGCUGUACGAGUGGUGGAACGACGCCGCAUACCUCACUUACCGGGACCCUGUCGUCCCCUACGUUAGCUACUUCUACUCCCAUCGCGAUGACCGCCGCCGAAGGAAUCCCGCCAAGAGAGCCGCCGCCAUUACCUCGGCCGUUCUUGAGUUUAAGAAGCAGGUCGACGAAGGCACCCUCGAGCCCGAAUACAUGAAGAAACUGCCCAUCUGCAUGGACAGCUACAAGUGGAUGUUCAACACCAGCCGUGUCGCUGCGAAGCCUGCCGACUACCCGGUGAAAUUCUCACACAAGGAGCACAAGCACAUCAUCGCCAUCCGAAAGAACCAGUUCUUCAAAAUCCUGCACGAGGUCGACGGUAAGCAGCUGAAUGCAUCCGAGUUUGAGCAGCAGUUCAGCAAAGUCUAUGAGCUGGCCCAGCGCGUUCCUGCCGUUGGUGCCCUGACAAGCGAGAACCGUGACGUCUGGGCCGAUGCGCGGGAGAUUCUGCUCAAGGCCAGUCCUAAGAACGCUGCCGCUCUGGAGGCUAUCGAGGCCGCAUCUUUUGUCGUCUGCCUCGAUGACGCCGCUCCCGUCACCCUUGAGGAGCGCGCCCACCAAUACUGGCACGGUGACGGCGCAAAUCGCUGGUACGACAAGCCGUGCCAAUUCAUUGUCAACGACAACGCUACCUCGGGCUUUAUGGGGGAGCACUCCAUGAUGGACGGAACACCCACACACCGUCUCAACGACUUCAUCAACGACCUCAUCUUCAACAACAAGCUGGAUCUCUCUGACCCUUCAAUUCGCUCCAACCUCUCUGACCCUCAGGUCGUCAAGUUCGAAGUCACCAAGGAAGUCCAGGCCGAGAUUGACCGGGCUACCAAGGACUUCCACAAUGUUAUUGGCCAACACGAGCUCGCCGUCCAGGCAUACCAGGGCUACGGAAAGGGUCUCAUCAAGAAGUUCAAGUGCUCGCCCGAUGCCUAUGUCCAAAUGGUCAUCCAGCUGGCCUACCACAAGAUGUACGGCAAGAACCGACCCACCUACGAGUCCGCUGCUACCCGUCGCUUCCAGCAAGGUCGCACUGAGACGUGCAGAACUGUCUCGGAUGCCUCUGUCGCUUGGUGCAACGCCAUGGCCGACCCUAACACGGAGGACAAGGACAAAAUUGAUCUUUUCCGCCAGGCCGUCGACGCCCAUCUGGAGUACAUCACGGCUGCUUCGGACGGUAAGGGUGUCGACAGACAUCUUUUCGGCCUGAAAAAGCUGCUCGAGCCCGGUCAAGACUUGCCCGCCAUCUACCAGGACCCAGCCUUCUCUUACUCUGCCUCUUGGUACCUGUCGACGUCACAACUGAGCUCCGAGUUCUUCAAUGGGUACGGUUGGAGUCAGGUAAUCGAUGCCGGCUUUGGCAUUGCCUACAUGAUCAACGAAAACAGCAUCAACUUCAAUGUUGUUUCCAAGGGUCUCGGCAGCCAGAGGAUGAGCUUCUUCCUCAACGAGGCUGCUGGUGACAUGCGUGACCUCUUGAUGCCUACGAUUAAGCCGGCCAAGGCGAAGCUAUAG